UACUUCAUGAUAACGAAAAAUUUUUUUCAAUUAGAGUAACAAGAAGUAUAGUUUUCAAUUUUCAAACUGAUACAUUUAUAAUGUUUCAGAUUUGGGAAGGAAAAAUGCUCGAAAAUAUGUUGCAAGCUGGCGGAGAAGAAAAAAAAAUUGCCAUUGCAAAAGGCAACAUAAAUGCUGAUGGAACACCGUUCAUAACAGUAAUAGUAGAUGGUGGAUGGAGCAAACGAAGCUAUGGACAUGGAUUCAAUGCGGCUUCUGGAGUUGGAGUUAUUAUUGGCGCUGAGACAAAAAAAACACUAUUCUUAGAGGUUAGGAAUAAAGCCUGCUCUGCAUGCUCCUUCUACAGAAACCGCAAUAUAUCUCCGAAAUCGCAUAUUUGCGCAAUGAAUUUUAGUGGUCCGUCUAAUGGUAUGGAACAAGACAUUAUUGUAGAGGGGUUUUCUAAGAGUAUAGAACACCAUGGAGUUAUGUACAAAUAUUUAAUUUGUAAAUACAAAACCUUCCAUUAG